CUUCCUUUCAUUCCGGUUAUCCGUCUGCGUAGGGUGUGCUCCGGAGCUAGUCUCGGCACACAUUUUAUUAUUAUGAAACAAACCAAAAGCUAGAGAGCACACGCAGACAUAUUUUUAUAAGAAAAAUAAAAAUCGGUGAAGCAGGAUUUGAUUUGCCAACUCAAGCAACGCUAAGAAGACGACGCUGCCUUCGAAACCGAACGAAAGACGAACCGAGAGGAACGUUAAGCGAGACACGGAGCGAGUCAUUGUUGAGAGCGUGGGUGAUAAACGUGAGGUAGUUAUACUAAACUGUUAGUUUGUCCCCUCUUACGGACUCUGUCACUCUAGUAAUCAGCCUAAAUUACAACUUAACGUCGAACAUUUGUUGUAGUUCAGCGAACUGUUCGACGGUUAGGGAGUAGAAACUGGUUAUCAGUUAGGCCACGCUCCGACAUUUUGCUAACCGAGCUAACGGGCCCGCGUUGCUAACGGCUAAAGCUGCCUGCGCUUUCAGAUUUAAGGAAACCGUUGAAGCGGGAAAGAAGAAACCUUUUCAGUAGAUUGGGUGAGAUCGCCCCUCAGUAGUCUACCGCAUUUAAGUGAUUUAAACCUUAAAAUCAAGUCGUCAGUCAUGAAUCCCAGCGCGCCCAGUUACCCCAUGGCCUCCCUCUAUGUGGGAGACCUGCAUCCAGACGUCACUGAAGCCAUGCUGUACGAGAAAUUCAGCCCGGCUGGGCCCAUCCUGUCCAUUCGAGUGUGCAGAGACAUGAUCACCCGCCGGUCCCUCGGCUAUGCCUAUGUGAACUUCCAGCAGCCUGCUGAUGGUAUGAUCACCCAGACACAGCACAGCUAACACGACGGAGCCGCACCACAUGACUCCAUUUUGAACAUGUGUUGAUUUUACCUCGCUUGUUGCCACAUUUGAAAUUCAGAUUAUCUGGUUUAACAUGUGGAAAUAUUAUGAAGUCUGUAUUACUGACUAUGUUAUACGUAGUAUGAUCUUUCGACGUCGUAUUAUACAAUUGAAACAAUAUGGUAUAACAGUAUACUCAAACUGUACAGUACUGAUCGAACUUGAACUGGUGAAUUUAUUACUCUUUUGACCUGUCUGCAGCUGAACGAGCCUUGGACACCAUGAACUUUGACGUGAUCAAGGGCAGGCCCCUCCGCAUCAUGUGGUCUCAACGAGACCCCUCCUUGCGGAAGAGUGGGGUUGGGAACAUCUUCAUCAAGAACCUGGACAAGUCCAUCGAUAAUAAGGCCCUCUACGACACCUUCUCUGCCUUUGGAAAUAUUCUUUCCUGCAAAGUAGGCGGGGCACAUUCCUUAUGUAGACUUUGUGUUUGAGUGCUUUACAAACAUACCACUACUUUGCAUGACUCAAGAGUGCUAUAGGUUGAACUGAAUGUGUGAUUUGAGUAUUUAAAUGCAUGGGUUUGAGAUUGUUUUUGACAUGCUCAAAUUUCCUCCUUCUAAGGUGGUUUGUGAUGAAAAUGGCUCAAAGGGUUACGGCUUUGUGCACUUUGAGACCCACGAGGCUGCUGAGCGGGCCAUUGAAAAAAUGAAUGGCAUGUUGCUCAAUGACAGAAAAGUGUAAGUCUAACUACUACACGUCUACAUUAACUGGUGUCUUGUGUUAUCUAAUCAAGGUUUGUGUGCAACUGCAUUAGUCAGUAAUACUGUGUGGUUUUGUUUUUUUUGCAGCUUAACUGGAACAUUAGAAUCCUAGAUAAUAAGGCUAGGUUUGGACCAUCACACAGCCUUACAUUAAGGGCACAUGAUAAUCAUGCUGAGUGUGUGCUGUCCUGAAUUAAAUAAAGAGGCACAGGAUCUUGUAAACAUUGUGCAUUGCACCCCUGGAUGCAUGGUGUGGAGCGGAACAUAAAUAGUUAGUGUUUUAGAUUGACUGAAUGAGAAACCCUCUCUGCCUGCUCUCCAUAGGAGAUUAAUCUUGGUCCUGUGUGCAAUGUGAAGAAAUGCCUUAAAGAUGGGUGUAACUACCUGGAUUGCAUUACUUAAGUAAAACAUGCUGAUAGCUUAAACAUCUGUUAGGAGAGUAGAAUAUAUAUAUAAGUUUAGACAAUACUUGCGAUCCAGGUUCUUUUUUGUAUAGAAACAUCCUGGAAAAGUCUGACGUUCAAGUUUUGCAAACAUUUGUUUCUCUAUAAAUUUGCUUUCUAACAUCUUCACUCCACCAACAGAUUUGUUGGACGUUUCAAAUCUCGUAAAGAGAGAGAAGCUGAGCUUGGGGCCCGUGCUAGAGAGUUUACCAACGUGUAUAUCAAGAACUUUGGGGAGGACAUGGAUGAUGAGAAGCUGAAGGAGCUAUUUGGUAAAUAUGGUAAGACAAUAAUAAAAAAUUGUUCCCUGAUUUUUUUUUUUUUUGAUUUAAAACUCCCCAAUUCAACAACUGGAUCCUUCACCCCUGAAAUGUGUUUAAUGUGUUCAUGAGCUGUUACAUUUUUUUUUAGGGCCAGCACUCAGUAUCCGAGUCAUGACUGAUGAGAGCGGCAAAUCAAAAGGUUUCGGCUUUGUGAGCUUUGAAAGACAUGAGGAUGCACAAAAGGUCAGUGUUGUGGCCUAAAUGUUGAUUUGGGUCAUAAAUUUUUCUCAGACUAUUAUUAUAUCUCUGACUUUGACUCUCAAUAAACAAUGGGCUGGUGCUCCAUUGCUCAUCUAACUGCAGGCUGUGGAUGACAUGAAUGGAAAAGAACUGAAUGGCAGGCAGGUGUACGUGGGCCGUGCACAGAAGAAAGGGGAGCGCCAGAAUGAGCUGAAGCGCAAAUUUGAGCAGAUGAAACAGGAUCGCAUGACCAGAUACCAGGUUUGUUGGCCCCCCACUGUGAUAAAUGUACUCCUAUUUUCAGCUGAGUAUAGCUGUCAGUGCACUGAUGUGGACCCUCUAAUUCAUCCUGCAUUGAUGCAUGGUAUUGAGAGACUGAUUUCAUAUCAAGUGAGUAGAGUCAGUCGCUCUCUGAGAGGGUUUGUUUGGUAUAACACACAAACAACACAAAUUCAAAUAAUGACUAGGAACAGAACAAGGGAACAGAACUAGAAUGUGAACUGAAUGGAUUUGCCAAUAUAAUAAUGGUGCUGGUCUUCUUGCCUUGGUUAUGAGGGAACAUGCAAGGAUUGAUGUUAUGAAGUAUACAAAUGAUGUCAGGCUGAUUAUCUGAAUGUGAGCACCUAGGGCCAUCAUCUGAUCACACAGGGGACAUAUUGAAACAGUAUAAAUGACCUCUGAGACCCUGUAACUAUGCUUAGGCCCCCUGUCUUUACCCCUCAGCACCCUCAAUCAUAAGCAUUCAUCGUACAUUUUCAAGUACUGUCUUAAGUAUUGAUACAGACUGGUGGCAUUGUUGCAUAUCAUAGAGAUUUCAACUUCUGAGAGUCGUGGCCUUCUUUUUAAAGUAACUGAACCCUAAAUAGCACAGUUGGACGGUAACAACGUGACAGAUGGGAGUUAGAUCAGAAGUGCACCACUUAAGGAAUUCUUUGGGAGUAUAACUGUCAGCUGAAACCGAAACCUUAAUUAAACAAAUGAACUCACACGUACAAAAAACAAAUGGUUCCACACGACUUACCUCGGACUAUACCAAACUCCACCGGCCGAUCAAGGAGAAAGCUUUGAGCCAUUAAUUUGUACAGAUCCUUUCAAAGCCUUUGUGGUUUAUUUUAACCUUUUUGAACAGUGGAUAUGCAACAUGUAUUACGGUGCUCCACCCUUUAAUUGAUUGAGACACGAGAAAGAAUCCACAUGUUUACAGUGCACCCUGAUGUGUGAAUCAUCAAAAAUGUUUUUUUUUUUCUUUCCCUGUAGUCUGAUCUCUCUUGGGUUACUUUAGGGAUUGUCAUCUCUGUUUUUUUGCAAUGUAUGACGGUCCCAUGUCAUUUUCCCUUCCUCAGGGUGUAAACCUGUAUGUGAAAAACCUAGAUGAUGGUCUUGAUGAUGAACGUCUGCGCAAAGAGUUCUCUCCAUUUGGAACCAUCACAAGUGCUAAGGUAAAGACUUGUGUUCCUGCUAAUGAAAUUUGUGAACGUGUAAUAACUGGAUUUCUUCAAGUGUAUCAUUUGUUAGUAUCAUGAUGGCUAUUGGGAUAAUGCUGUCUGUUUAUUCUUCCAUAGGUAAUGAUGGAGGGUGGACGCAGCAAAGGCUUUGGCUUUGUGUGCUUCUCUUCCCCGGAGGAGGCCACUAAAGCAGUAACAGAGAUGAAUGGCCGUAUUGUUGCCACUAAGCCACUUUAUGUGGCCCUGGCCCAGCGCAAAGAGGAACGUCAGGCCCACCUUACCAAUCAAUAUAUGCAGAGGAUGGCCACUGUCCGUGCGGUGCCCAACCCUGUGCUGAACCCAUAUCAGCCUGCUCCACCUUCAGGCUACUUCAUGGCAGCCAUUCCUCAGGUGAUAACAUAUUCUUUAGUCCUUGUUUUGUUUUAUGAGGAUGAAUAAAUAGAAAAUGUUUGUAGUAACUCUGUUGAAGAGACCUUAAAAUCUUUGUCCUUAACCUUCUCAGGCCCAAAACCGUGCUGCAUACUACUCUGCAAACCAACUGGCCCAGCUCCGCCCCAGCCCCCGUUGGGCCACUCAAGGAGUGCGUCCUCAGCGUAAGCACGCCCAUUUAAUUUCAUACUUGGUUGCUUUGAUCCUUUAAACUUGCACCUUCUGCAUAGUUGACAUUAAAUGAUUGAAAAUCGCACUUCUUCACUUCAGACCAAUAAAAUUGUUUUCCCUCCAUUGUAGACUUCCAAAACAUGCCCAAUGCCAUGCGCCCAUCAGCCCCAAGGCCUCAGGCCUUCAACACCAUCCGUCCCACCACCACCACCAACACCCAGGUCCCACGCAUGAUGGCUUCCCAGCGUAUGCGUAAGUGUUUCAUCUUCAAAUACAGUUUUUCAGAAUCAUUUAUUAAUGGCCCCGCGACAGAGUUCGUGGAAUUUGUUUUUCGGUACAGCUCAUCAUGCUCACAUUAAGAAAUAAAAAAAAAUGCAACAACACAAUAAUACAGUUUUUGUUAACUGUCAUUGCUCUUUUGAUUCAUGAUGCAACUUCGUGUUUGCCUUCCAUACCACAGCCACCCAAGCCCUCAGCCAACGUCCUACUGGUGCUUCAGCCACCGCUGCUCCAGUGCGUGCCAUGCCCCAGUACAAGUAUGCUGCUGGUGUGCGCAACCCUCAGCAGCACAUGGCCUCCCAGCCACAGGUCACCAUGCAGCAGGUAAGUUUGACUUUGCAGCCAUUGUUCCAGACAUUGACAACAUGGACAUCACUCAAUAACAAAUACAAAUUAGUUUUUUUCAUAUUUCCAAAAGAUGGAAUGUGUAGGAAAACUGACUGCCCCCACACAAGCUGAUUCUUGAAAGCACAUGACAGUGCUUUGUUUGUCUAUACUAGGGGUCGGCAACCCGCGGCUCUGGAGCCGCAUGCGGCUCUUUCUUCCCUAAGCUGCGGCUCCCAAUGGAUUUGGAAAAUAAAUAAUAAAUACUUAAUUGCAUUUUAUUUUAUUAUUAUUAUUAUUUUUUGUAAUUCUAAAUUCAAAGAUUAUAAUGCUCUUGUAACAUUAAAUAAACUAUUAAGGCUGCAACAACGAAUCGAUUAAGUAGAUUCGUCGUGACGAAAAAAUCCGUUGCCAACAAAUUCUGUAAUCAACUCGUCGGGUCUUUAUAUAUGUCCAUGGACACCGGCGUGUAAACAUAAGCAGGACGCACAGAAAAGAAACAGCCAUGGCCGAGGCAGCGGCUGAGAAAAACAUGGACACAACCCAACCCAAAUCCUGACCUAAAACAUCAGUGGUGUGGGAAAACUUCACCAAGACUGAAAAGGAAGGCGUUCAGUGCAACAUUUGCAAAGACCGUUGUGCAUGGCUCGGGAGUACAUCGAUGAUGCGUGAGCACAGGGCUCUCAAGUCUCACGCAUUCAGCGUAUGACACACGCAUUCCCACUCGUUCACACGCUCACACACCACACAGUGUAUUCCUCACGCAUUUAAAUGAACACGGUGAUGUCCACCAAGUUGCACUUCUUCAACUUUGGAACUGGGGGAAAUCAACUGAGUUCCUCCGAGAGUUCAGAAGCUGCGUGCCACGCACAAGCCAAUCAAAUAAAGUAUAUCUACUGAACAGCCAAUCAAAAAGCAGCAUUGCUGUAUCCGGGUAGAUUUUGAUAUCUUGCGGUUUAACUACAGAAGAAGACAGACACUCGCCGAAAUAGUUCAUUUAUUUCAUAAAUGCAACUCGCUACAGUUUUUUAUAUACUUUGUAUAAAGGUAAAAAAAAAGAUAUAUGCAAUGUUAUCUUCAUUUUAGAUGUCAAAGAGGUUUUGUGGCUCCCUGUGUUUUCUUUUCUGUGGGAAACUGGUCCAAGUGGCUCUUUGAGUGUUUAAGGUUGCCGACCCCUGGUCUAUACUUACAAGUGCCUAUCAUUAGUUAUAACUUUUGAUGACCAGAUUCGGUUCUGGACGUAUCUAGUGUGUUUGAGGAGAGACUCAGCCUGCACACCACAACAUGGAGACCAUUUCCUUACACUUAUUGACCACAAGAUCAGAGCAAAAAACUGCUUUAAAGACUGACAUAUAGCAAAUUUACAACCAGGUUUAGCAAGUGUCUGUGUCAAUGAUCAUAAUUAGAGAAGGACUCAACACCACAUUCACGUUUGCAUUCCUCUGUUAGUUUGUUAUUUAGCUGUAGAUUGUUGUAGCUUCUCGAAAGCCGUUUUGCUGUCAGUCCAUUUGAAGCUGGUUUUCUGGAGUGUCCCUGAUUCCCCUUUGUUUUUGUGCUUUUGCCCUCAGCCUGCUGUCCAUGUCCAAGGACAGGAGCCCCUGACUGCUUCAAUGCUGGCUGCUGCCCCUCCUCAGGAACAGAAGCAGAUGCUGGGUUAGUAUUUCAUUUGUUGGAUGUACAAAGAGCCAUAAUUAACAGAACAAGCCAGCAGAAUUGUCUGUCGUGACUUGUGGUCAGCCAUUAUCAUUUUUUUAAUGGCCAGGAGUCAAUUGAGAUUGUAGAAAGCAGGUUGGCCUAUUGUCUGGAUAUAAUGCAUGUAUAGCUAAUUUCACUUUAGGGUUUGAAGAAACACAUAAUUUCAUCAUAAGGCUCAGUAUUAAGAAGAUGCCUGGUUAGCCGGUGACAUUCAUUAAUGGGAAUUUUUUUAAACCUAAAAUACCUGAAAUAUGAAAUACAUUAGUUUAUGAUUAAAUUCAGGAUUUAACUGGCAUUUGGGUGAAGCAAUUGUAUGCUUACCCAUGUAUGUAUGUAUGUGAGUGUAGGCUGAGGCUGAGUACUUCAAUAUACCAUUAAUCGUCCUGACCAAUCAGUCUAAAAUUGACUAUUAAUGACUCCUAUCCAGCACAUUUUGUGCAGUCUAGAGGGCAUGGCUAAUAGUUUCUGAUACCUGUCUUUUUUUCUUCUGACAGGUGAGCGUCUGUUCCCACUGAUUCAGAACAUGCAUCCCAGCCUUGCAGGCAAAAUCACAGGUAUGCUGCUGGAGAUCGACAACUCAGAACUUCUCCAUAUGCUGGAGUCUCCUGAGUCCCUGCGCUCAAAGGUCAGUUAAUGGCUUAUUUAAUAUGCAUAUUUUUGGACGAGAUUCAAAUUUCAUUUUAAACCUUUAUAAAAUGAUGCUGGAUGCAAGCAGAAUCAGCACAAAGAGAAACUCAGAAUACUUGUUGUAGUCUGAUCAUACUGCUUGAAUGAGUUGCAUGGAAAAAACUUUAUCUGUCUGUUGUUUCAGGUGGAUGAGGCUGUUGCUGUGCUUCAGGCCCACCAGGCCAAAGAGGCUGCUCAGAAGUCCACCACCCCUGCUGGUGUUCCCAGUGUCUAAGGUAUGAUGAGGUCACAUUAAAAGACACAAGUAUAAAAGCACACUGUGGGCAUAAUUAUAAACUGUGAUGUUUUAUCUUACAGAUUGCGCAUUUUGAAACCUGCUUCACCGAUGGAAAAAGAAAAAAAAAUUAAACAUUGAAAAACCUAAAACUCUGAAAACAUCGCAAAAUGAUAAAUCAUUUCUUAAAAAAAGAAGAAAACAAUUGACUUUGCCAGGUCUAGGAACGGUUUGACUAGACCUUGAUCAUAAAUAAAAAUUUGUUUAAAAAAAAAAAGCAAAAUAUAGAAAAUCAAAUUAUAAAUUUGAAUGCAUUCCUGUUUUAUGUCAUUUUACUGUGUCAGUGCUCUGAUUAUCAGCCAUGUUUAGGAAGGUGAUCACUGAGCAUUUUGAGAGGUGAUUUGUAUUGUAAACUGGCUGUAAUAAAUUCUCAUUCAAUACCUAUGUGUCUGUUUUUUUUUUUUUUUUUG